UUCCUCACCAUGCAAUGGAAAAGCUAUACAAUUUUGGUACUCCACCAACCAAUGGAAUGCACUGUUUAUUUUAAUCUUAAACGUUGGUUUCGCCUCUUAUUCGAGAUUUUUCGUGUUGAAAACAAUUCACACAGAAAUCGCUUAUAUGCAUUGGCUGUGAUACGUCAAGGGGAUGCAGUCAAUCUUUUGGAAUAUCAUAUGUGUAAUUACCAGCAAAGCAAAUAUGCAUAAAUUUAUAUAUAUUUCUUUGGAUCGUAAGAACACCAAGUCGAGAAGUGCGGACAAAAGUUUUCAUUGCACUAGUCGGAGCUGGAAUUUGCAAAUGAGGCGAUUAAUUACUAAUAUGAUAAAAAAUGGGAAGAGGAACAGUUUGUUUCACGUCACAGAACACAAAUUUAAUAUGAUUUACCAGCGGAUUUACUACAAUUGAUUUAACAGUUCAAGGUCAAUUUGAGCCGUGCCUUAAUCUGAUAAUGCCCAAUGACGACAUUAAUUCAGAAAUAGACUGUGUUGUCGUCUUAUGCUUCCUUUCAACAUGUUUCGCGCCUGUUAAAUGCGACACCACAUUACGCCAGUCAGUCCCAUACAAGGAAAACAGCAUUUGAAACUGAUUCAAAGGUAUUGCCACUUCUAAUCCUAACACUGACUUCAAAGACUGUGGAGUGGUAUCACAAUGGAGAACGGAAAAGUCAUUAAAAGACGUAUCCAAGCGUAUCUGUGGGAAUUUCUUGUGGGAUUGCUGGAAGACGAGGAGUGCGCGCCUUUUAUAAACUGGACAAAUAAAUUUGAGAGAGAGUUUGUGGUUCAGGAUCCUGACGAGGUCGCAAGUCUUUGGGGGAUGUUGAAAAAUCGCCCUAACAUGAACAAGACAAAGUUAAGACGCGCUAUAAGACAGUACUACAAGCGAGACUUAAUAAUGAAGGUCAAAGGAAGAGUUGGUGUGUACAAAUUUCUACAUCUGCCUUAUGAUCCAAUCGGCCUGAACGCAGGUAGACAGAAACCAGAGUACUACGUGGAAGCCGAAAGCUGCAGCAGUCCCGAGGUUGAAGUGAACGACGACAGUGGCGAGGAAGACCGGCUGAAUAACGCAACAUCCUAACAACAAGUUGCUGAAAACGUUUGCUUCGGAUAACAAUCGAAGAUAAAACUACAAACUAUAACCUCGACCAAGGCAUUUAUAACAUCGUGCUACAGAGAGCCUUCACUCUAAGUUACGCAAAACCUGCUUAGCUUAAACCGUACAUUAAUCGUUCGUAAAUGUUAUGAAUAUGUUAUAAUAGUUUGGUUAAUGCACUAUUAAGCUAAAUGGGCUUUUGUACAAGCAGCCCUUGGUCACAUGCAAGCGAGAUUUGUAAAUUUCCGUAAUGUUUUUUGUCGACAGCUGACAAUCAAAAAUCGUUCAUGAGCCGACAUCCUUCCGUUAGUGCUGGCCGAUUUUAGCAGCUUCACGAAAUCAUCUCACGAAUUAAGAGUGAUAUUUUGCUUAUUAAUAAAAUAUGUAUAAAUAUAUGUAGAA